GAAGAAUUCAACGAACAACUCGGCAUUCGCCUUUCAUCAUUCGUUUUCACCACCACUCGUUAUCUAACUUUGCAAAUCAGCAAACAUGUUUAGCAUAAGCGGUUAUUUCGACACUGGGGUAAUCGUCCUCACUACCUUCGGGAUACUCACGCUCUUCAUCGCUUUCUUAGUAACUCUCCUCCGGUACUAUCUGCAGUCUUUCAGCCAGCGUCCCCUCGCUUUCUUGGAUAGCCUCUGCGUUGGAAUGGCCUGGCUCCUCAGUCUAAUCGGCAUCAUCUGCGCGAUAACAGACAACACUAGCAUCUCACCUGAUUACCCCCCCGAAAUUGACCAGUUCACCCAGUCUCUCUUCGCCGUCUCCGCCAUCUUAGGCAAGCUGUCGAUAUGCUUCUCGGCGUGGCCCCUCGUCAAAGACGUAAGGUGCGUGAGCGUCGCCGUGGCCAUCCAGGUCGUAAUGCUUCUCUUGGUAUAUCCUCUAUGGAUCAUAGUCGUGCCUGCGACAUGCGGCGCAUCGGCGUGGUAUCCCAUGCUCGCCCCUCAUUCUCAAUGCUCGAAUGAUACCGUCCGAGCGCUCUUCGACUGGGCCCGAACUUUCUUUGAGGUGUUCACGCCGAUAAUCCUUACGGGCUUCCCGAUAGAGAUAGCUCUGAAUCUUAGCACCAGGAGCGCUAUGCGAAAGCCGUUUUACGGGCUUGCGGUCGCUUCUGCUAUCACCGGCGCAUUCAUGUGGGCACGAGCAUGGAUGUCUCAAUGGUUCCGUUACGACGGCCAUUAUGUACCUUUGAUUACUAUUACAAUUGUCUCUAUGAUCGAGGCGAAUUUAGGUAUUGUGGCAGCGAACAUACUACCCAUCGCGACGCAUCGCUCAAAGCUAUUACCGCCUGCUCAACCCGCAAGACCCCACCAUACGAGGUUGCCAGUACUAGAUGACAGCUUCGAAUGGAUUCCUUUGACAGAUGUGCCAAGAGCACACACGCACGGAGUGUAA